GGGCCGAAGAAAAUGGGUGACAUUUUAUGUGGAAAUUUUCCUACUCCCAGAUGCCUAUGCUGCCAUUAUGAAGAGAAAGAUUCAUCACAGCAAGACAACAUGCAACCUUUACUGAAACCAAGAAGAAGUCUCCCGUUUGGGAAUGUCUCAUCCUACUUGCAUCUUGAGACACUGAGUGAAGGUCCUCACUCUGUGGUAUGCAAAGGAAUCAGCAGAAUAUACAAUCAGCUGGUAGCUUUGAAAGUCAUCAGCCUAAACUCUGAGGAGGGAAUCCCUUUUACAGCCAUAAGAGAAGUUUCCCUCCUCAAGACCCUGAAGCAUGCCAAUAUUGUGCUCCUUCAUGACAUCUUCCAGACCAAAGAGAGCCUGACUUUAGUCUUGGAGUACAUGCACACGGACUUGGCACAGUACUUAUCUCAGCACCCUGGGGGCCUUCAUCCUCAUAAUGUUAUGCUUUUCAUGUUCCAGCUUCUGAGAGGGUUGGCUCACAUCCAUAAGUGCCAUAUCCUUCAUCGAGAUCUGAAACCUCAGAAUUUGCUCCUGAAUUGCUAUGGAGAGCUUAAAUUAGCUGAUUUUGGUCUUGCUCGUGCUAAAUCUGUCCCCAACCAAACAUACUCUGCUGAGGUGGUGACUCUUGGCUAUCGUCCUCCUGAUGUUCUGCUUGGAGCCACUGAUUAUUCAUCAGAUGUGGAUAUUUGGAGUGCAGGCUGCAUAUUUGUGGAGAUGCUUCAUGGUCAACCACUGUUUCCAGAUGUUAGCAAUAUCUUUGACCAGCUAGAGAAAAUCUGGAUAGUAUUGGGGAUCCCAACUGAAGAAACAUGGCCAGGAGUUUCCAAACUUUGCCACUAUAAGCCAGACAGAUUCCUUGGCAGUAGGCCUCAGGGGCUCCAGAUUAUCUGUGACAGGCUGAUCAAGGAGCCUGAGGCUGAAGAUUUGGCAGGAAGAAUGCUAAAAGUAUAUCCACAAAAUAGGAUUUCUGCACAACAGGCACUUUUUCAUCAGUUCUUCAAUCCACUGCCCUCUCAAGUGAGCCAGCUUUCUAAUGCACAGUCCAUCUUCUCAGUACCCGGAGUGAUGCUCAAACAAGAAAUGUGUGACCUCUUUUUUUCAUCUCAGAAGGGCCAUCAGGAAUAUAGUUCAAGCAACUUUUGGUGAAAGAAAUG